GUGUUCCAAGGUGAAGAAAAGCCAACAAAAGUCAUCCGUUCUCGAAGUGUUUCGAAAAAGAUGGUCGUGACAUUUGUGUCAAAAGCUGGUCAAAUUGCAACAAUUCCUCUUAAUGAGCAAAGAACUGUUACUGCGGAUUGGUAUACCACCAAUUGCUUGCCAAAGGUAAUCACCGAGCUUCGAAAAAUCAACCCCGAAAGAAGAAUCAUCCUCCACCAAGACAAUGCAAGCUCACACACCGCCCAAAGAACAAGGCAGUAUUUAACGGAAGAAAACGUGGAAUUAUUGGACCAUCCUCCUCAUAGUCCCGAUCUAAGUCCUAACGAUUUCUUUACUUUCCCGAAAAUUAAAAACAGACUGGUCAAAGAAUACUUCGAAAAACAAUAAAG